GGGCUCACCAGCUAAUUAAAAAAGAAGCAUGACUGGAAGGUCUGGUUAAAAUGCAGAAUCAGCAAAGGAAACUAAGGAAACCAGGGAGUGGAUGACCAGUUAGUUGCAGGAGCCUCGAGGCUGUGUUCACUUGCUGGCUCUGCCUCCGCCCUGGUGUCUGGCUCCGUCUCCCCAGUGCCUAGGGCUGGUGCAAGGCUGAGCAGAAUGGCAGGCCCAGGACACACGGAAAGGUGAUGGGGUCCACUAGUGCCCAAGGCUGGUGUUUGCCAGCCCCCUUAACCCCCUCUACAGCUUCCAGGCUGGACCAAAGGCUGCAGGGCAAGCGAAGCUGCGUUGGCUGCUCCAGAAUGAACCACAGCUCCAAGAAGGGGAAGUAGAGCCCAGCUGGCUCUCUGCUAUGGCCUGUGAACCACAGAUGGGCCCCAGUGGGGCAGCCAGCCCAUUGCCCGCCUCCUCCCCUGGCUGGAGUGCCUUGCCUGGAGGGAGUCCUCCAGGCUGGGGCCAAGAGCUCCACAAUGGCCAGGUCCUCACGGUUCUCCGGAUCGACAACACCUGUGCACCCAUCUCCUUCGAUCUGGGCGCCGCCGAGGAGCAGCUGCAGACGUGGGGCAUUCAGGUCCCUGCCGACCAGUAUAGGAGCUUGGCCGAAAGUGCCCUCUUGGAGCCCCAAGUGAGAAGAUACAUCAUCUACAACUCCAGGCCCAUGCGGCUGGCCUUUGCUGUGGUUUUCUAUGUGGUGGUGUGGGCCAACAUCUACUCCACUAGCCAGAUGUUUGCCCUGGGGAACCACUGGGUGGGUGUGCUCCUCGUGACCCUGGUCGCCAUGAGCCUGACCCUGACCCUCGUACUCAUCUUCGAGAGACACCAGAAGAAGGCCAACAACAACACGGACCUUAGGCUGGCGGCUGCCAAUGGAGCCCUCCUGCGACACCGGGUGCUGCUGGGGGUGACGGACACAGUGGAAGGCUGCCAGAGCGUGAUUCAGCUCUGGUUUGUCUACUUCGACCUGGAGGACUGUGUGCAGUUUUUGUGUGACCACAUUCAAGAGAUGAAGAUGAGCCAGGAGUCCUUGCUGAGAAGCAGAUUGAGCCAGCUGUGUGUUGUCAUGGAAACUGGGGUGAGCCCCGAGACAGGGGAGGGGCCUGAGAACCUGCUGGAGGAAGCGCCUCUCCUGCCCAGCAGCCCUCAUCCCCAGGAGCCGCCCCUCAUGCAGACUGAGCUUCGCCAGCUUGUUCCUGAGGCGGAGCCGGAGGAGAUGGCCCAGCAGCUGCUGGCAGUUUUUGGUGGCUACUACAUCCGGCUCCUGGUGACCUCGCAACUCCCCCAGGCCGUGGGGACACGACACACGGACUCUGCGAGGAUUCCCUGCCCCUGCCAGCUCAUAGAAGCCCAUAUCCUGGGCCCUGGGUGCUGCCCCUUCCUGGCCAGGUGACCUAAGGAGGAAGGCACCCAGCUUCCUGUGAGACUGAAGGUGAGACGUCCGGAAGGCUUGGAGCCCCAGCUGGCUGAUGGCGAGCCCCAGGUGAGGAGAGAAGCAUCUAGAAGCAUCUAGAAGCACUCUGAAGAGUGUCGCUCAUGUCAGCAGCAGGGGUGUCAUGCUCUCUCCAGGACUCUGCACAGAAGGGCCUGUUGACGUCCCAGGCUGACCCAUGGCCUUUCCAGAAGCUGCUGGUUGCCAAGCUGGUACUCUUAGUGCUGUAGACGGAAGGCCACUCUCCCAGGCCUUUCAUUUUUUGGAGAGCCCAGGAAAUGUGAAGAGGGUCCCCACUGGGCCCACCAUGCGUCGAAGGCUCAGUCUCCGAUGAUGCUCUUCCCAUCCUCAGCUACUUCAUGUCAGAUGGGGAAACUGAGCCUUGGAGAGGACUCUGCUCUCGGUAGCAUUGCCUUGGCCCUCUACGAUGCCUAAUCUGAAGGAAAGAAGUCAGUUCUCAGAAUGUUCUCCACUUUCAAGUUUCUCCUGCCCUGUAUUUUAUGAAAAACAGUGGUCCCGUGUUGUUUGCUGCAGAUGUCCAGGGGACAGCAAAGAAGCCAGCAGCACGUGACUGAUGACGGAACUCUUUGGAAAAGAUUGAUUCUGUCUGACUUGAGGGUGUGUUUUGUUUAAAGGCAUGCAUGCUUGUGGUUGUGGGUUUGUCCUUCAGGCCUAGAGCCACAGUCCUCUGUUUUCUGACACUAACACAGUCCUGGAAUGAAGCACAAAUCUGUCACUUUUGGUGUUCCAUGAAGAGCUUGGGGGCUUCCAGGUUCUCUGCUCCUAAGUAAGUUUGAAGACCAACUAGUCCAUAGGCCCAAAUCCAAAGACCUGCCCUGGCAUGGAAAGGCUCCCCAGCCUCCAGGACCCAGCCCUCAUCCUUAGCUUUGGCUUCAUCUCCCACAAAACUUCUUGCUAAGCUGAAACUCGAUCCUGGACUAACAUACCUGUAUUCUGUUGUGUCUUUUGAACUCCUAUGCAUGCUUCAAAGCCUAGCGUUACUUACCCCUGCUUCAGGAAUCCUCUCAACAUAGAGCAUGCCCUGCUUCUCCUUUAAAUUCUUGCCUCCUUUAAAUUCUUAAUGUAGCUGCUGCCUUUGUUGAGAUUUUAGGUUAUUCUGUUUUCCUAUGCACAUGUGUAUUUUUCGAGCUAGAGUAAGCUCCUGAAGGACAAAGAUCUCACCUUAGAGCUUUUUUGCCUGGCCCAGACCUGCUAAAGAAAAAAAAGAUCCCAUGGAUCGAGUGCUUUGUCAUCUCCAUAGUAACAUUUCUCCUCAAUAGAAUGAUGAGGUUGGCACUGACCUAGGUUCUGGUUCCGGCUGACAUUUCUAGCUGUCCUCAAUUUACCCAUCUCCAUAAAAAUGGGUAGAUGGUGGACAGGUUGAUGAUCCUUAAUUACCCUUCCAAAGCCAAAGUUCUGACUUCUUCUGUUGCAGUCUAGCCCUUGGCCUGUUACGUUUUAAUCUACAUGUAGAAGGUCCUCUAGCUUUGCAUGAGACCCGGGUUCUCAUCCCAGAUUGGCUGCUUCCUAGAAGCAUGACCAUUGGCAUUGGCUACAUCACUGACCAAGGGCCCGUUUACUCCUUUACAAGUGGAUCGGGUGAACAUGCAGCAUGUGGGUGACUUGCUGUGUAAGAGACCAGUCUGACCGUUUGCUUUUUUUGAGCCAGAGAAGAGAAAUCAUGGACGUAGACCCACCCUGGGAAGGUGGCCAUUGUAGACAUUUCCCUUUAGAGAUUUCUCUGAGGGCAGCUAUGCUCAGGCAAUCGCGGUCCUUCUCACCUGUCGCAGAGGAGAUGCGGGCUGGGAACGGGAUCUGUUGAAGCCCGUCUUUAUUGUUCUCCCAUAAAACCCUGGUAAAUCUCCGAAGAGAGUAAAAAUGUGUAAGAAAGAAGUAAGAACAGUAAGAAGUAAGAAGAAAGAAGUAAGUAAGUAAGAAGUAAGAAGAAGUAAGAACAGAACAGCUGUUCUUCCAGUUCAAGGCUGACUUACAGACCCACCUGGAGGGGUUCUUUCCUGCCUUUUCCUCUGCAGGGUGUCUUGUGGUCUCACCUGGUGGGCGGAGAAUUCAGGUGUGUCCCCAAGUACUUCCUUUGCAUCUGCCCGCAUCUGCCCCUUGGUUUCCUCGUUCAGAAAAUCCUGUGAUCUCUGGCUUGCCUCCUUCCCAGGGUUGUGUGAGCAUCAGAAUCCAUAAACGGACGUGAGCUCCGUUUUAAGGCUGUGUGCCGAGGACAGGCACGGAGGCAGUGUGGGCGGUGCGGCGUCUCACGGGGGGGAGCAGAGGGUGCGGCUCGGAGCCUGGAUUCUAGACAGACUCAGAUCCAGGUUCUGCCGCUUGGAGCAGCGUCCUUCCAGCCUUGGGUGUCACUCCUCGUGCGUGGAAUGAGGAUGUGUACCUCCGAGGCAGCUCUUGUGAAGAUUAAAUGGAAAGUACUUGCAACUUUGAGUUGCAAGCCUGAGUAAGAGCACAAUAAAUUGUUGCUAUCCGUAUACAUAUGUA